AUGACGCGUAUACUCGACGCAAAUCACGAAGUGCAGCAGCUGUUGAACUUCAUCAGCAGUGGUGGAUCGAUCGAAAUCCCAAAGGAGAUACUCCAGUAUCUCAAAGGCAUCAAAGAACUGACGCAGGACCUGAUCAACAACCCGUUGGGACAGGACUGGCAGCGCUACUUCGAGCAAAUCCAUGAAGAGAACCGCGAUCUUAAACAGGACAUUCAUGUGUUGCGAGCUUCGACGACCGCUAAUGAGACCCGGUCAACAGGCGGGAGAGCGCUCUCCUCGGAAAUCAAGGAGAGGGCUGAAAAAGCGCGGGUGCGCGCCGUUAACGCGGCAAGUCCUGUUUUGGCGUCCAUCCAGUUUGUUGCCGCGCGGCAGCUGAAAUCUGGAUACCUUUCUCUAGCAUUGAGGACGGCCAGGGAUGCCGAGACUGCCAGGGUCUAUCGGCAUGGAUGGGCCAAGCAUUUGUGGAAGCAUUUGUGGAAGGACUUGGAGGUGCGGUUGCCAUCUUGGGGCGUUGUGAUUCAUGAUGUUAAUGUUAAAUCACUUGGCAUCAACCGGCCGGAGGAGCUAAAAGGAAGGCAGGAAGCACUGUCGUGGCUGGUGCUUCCGGAGGGCAAGAAAUCGGGCUCUAUGGUCGUCGAAUUCGCAUCGCCACAUUAUGCCAAUAAAUCCCUUGACGCUAAUACCAUCUGGGACUCAUCGAUUCUUGCCACAGGCUUAUAUGACCGGGCUGCACGCAUUCGUCAAUGCCACCGAUGCCAACAAUACGGACACAUAGGACGGGCCAGCUCUGCCAAUUCACCAAAGUGCGUCUAUUGCGCCGGUGAUCACCUCUUUCCUGAUUGCCGGGGUAAGCAAGAUGCCACCCUAAUCGAACGUGCAAGGACUUUUGAGGCGGAGACGGAGAGGGUGCGAGAGUUUGAAACUAAGACGGGGACGAUACUAUCGUAUCCCGGCUCACCUCUCUGUCUCGGAUCCGGCUCCGAGGAUAGCAGGAUCCAGUGUAUCGAACCCGACACCGAGGAAAUCGGCGACCUCUAUGGUAUUAGCACUCGGAGCAAGCAAGCUUCGAGCCAGGGAACCAACCCUGCAAAGAGCAAGCCGAUAAAGCCAGCCGCUAAGAAGCCGGCGAGCACUGCAACCGGAGGUAAUACCACGAGCAUCGCAACCAGGAGCAAUGCUAACCAGCCGACCGAGGCCUCUAUCAUGAGGACCCUAGAUAACGAACAAACACUAGAUAUUGCCGACGGCCUCCUAAUGGAUCUCGAUCUCAACGUAGAAUUCGACAAUCCGGCCAACCAGGCUGGUCUCCACCGGUCGAUCCAUGCACCUCGAUCGGAGCCAGUGAGAACAAGAAGCCGAGCCGCAGCCUCCUCCUAG